CGGAUCGUGGAUCGGCUCCCAGUUUUGUUUCGGCAGCGCCACGAGGCGCAACGGUCUCCUCUCGAUCUUACAACGGAUAGUGAACUCUCGGUGAAGUGUCCUGAAAGUGUUCCUUUUAUAAUAAUUAAGUGAUUAUAAUCACAAAUCCAAUAAAUUCAAGUGCUUUGCGGAACAGAGCCCCCACUUUUCCGGCAUGAGGGCCUUGGGUGUUUACGCUCUGCUCCUUACGGUGGCCAGUUGCCAUGGCUACUCCACAUACAGCUCUAGAUACAGCUCCCGAUCCUCGUCAUCCUAUGGCAAUGGACAAACCUCGGCUAACCUACAGUCCCAGGUGCCUCCCCAGAUUAACUCCUGGGGAUCCGCUCACUUCAACGAAGUUCGCGAGCUCGCCAAUCAGUUGAAACAGAAAUUCAACAGCCUGUCGCAGAGUUCCAGUUCCUUUGGAUACCCAUUGCCCUGGAGUCAUUCAAUCUUGGAACUUACCGGAAAGACCUCCUCCCAACUGGAUGAGAUUUGUUCGAAAAACAGCCAGCAGUUGGUGACUGAUAUGCAACAAUCCCGCAUCCACUACAACACCAUUGCGCAGCCAAACUUCUUUGAGGCCAAGGCCGCUGAGCUGCUGGAACAGUAUUCCGAUACCGAGAGUGGCCAAGUACAGCAGAUUUUGGACGUGAAUCCGUAUCAGCCCUUAGACUUGAGUCAAUUCGAUACGGUCAAGAACUAUGCCUAUCCGGUCGAGGUGAAGUAUAUCGAGGGUAAGCCUUACUCAGUGCACAGGAACUGUACUGAGGUUACCAAACUCACCGGAUACGGAGGCUCACAGCAGUUGAAUCAGGCCCACUACGGCCAAUCCCAGAUGUCGGUGCCAGUGUCCAGCUCUGUCACGACUAUUACUCGAAAGAAGACUGUAAGAGAUUGGAUGGAUGAGCCCAAGGUUGUGGGCUACAACUCGGUGGUGAAUGUGAACCCGCAGUGGUCCGGUAGCUCUCUUAGCCAGCUGUCCGCUUCAUUGCCAGGUUCCACUUCAUCGGUUGAAAUCAGGCGCUUUAACAAGACCAUUACAACGCACCCGGAUGGAACGACCUCCGUUGGUGGAUCCGAGUCGCAGCGGCGUUGGCAAGAUGGCAAGCUGGUGUUCGAUCAACAUACUCCAUUUGGACAGGCCUCAGUACCACGGGACGAGCAGUGGAAGCGCGCGGAGAGGGAGCACCUCUUCUGGUACUUGACCUCCCCACAAUCUUUCCAGGAGUGGGAAAGCCAGCAGGAGGACCGUCUGACAGGGGUGGCCAACAGUUACCACAUCACCCUACCCAUUCUUGAGGAAUUCCACCGCCGUGAAUUGUCCCGGUACCAAGCUCUGGCCAAUCAGUACCAGAGUUCUGUGCAGGAUACUAGCGCCUGGCAGAAGCAGGAACGCGGUCGUCUGGACUGGCUGAUCCACCAGAAUGGCUUUAACAGCGAUGACUUCGAUCGCUGGCAAAGGGAAAACGAACAGAAGCUUGCCAAGGUAGCCAGGCAACAUGGCAUCAGCCGGGAUGAGCUCCAGAAUUGGCAGCGUGAGGAGCUGCGGCGUAUCCACUACCGCUUUAACCAAGUGAACGAGUCCCUGCUCCCCCAGAUCCCAUCUGUGCCACAGGUCACGUUCCGCGAGUCUUACUCCUCCAGCUCCCUGACUGAGGACGACACCAAGGAGAAGCAACGAUUGGAGGAACUAAUUCGUCAGCACAACUCUACGAUGAUUGCGCUCCAGAACUCGAUCAGGAAUGACCAACAGAGACUUAAGGAUCUGUCGCUGAAAUAUCAGGGCGAUAUGCAGAGUCAGACCCAGUGGCUGCGCGGGGAAGUGUCUCGCAUCGGAGGCCUCAUCAAGGACCAAAACGAACAGAUGUCCAAGAUAACCGCGUGGCAGAGCUCGGAACGGGCACGCCUGGAGAGCAUUCUGCGCCAACAUCGCGGCUCCGUGGGCGAACUGCAACAGCAAAUGAAUCAGGAUCGCAACUAUGUCCAGAACCUGGCCACCAAGUACCGAGUUAGCGUUGAGGAGCUCGAGAAGUGGCAACGCGAGGAACUGCAACGGUUACAGAUUCACGGCCAGCAGCAGUUGGAGAGCCAAAUCAAGGAUUGGCAAAUCAGUGUCAGUAACCACCUGCGCAACAUCGUCGGCAAAAAUCAGGUUACCAUUGAGGAGUUCCAGAACUCGCUCAUCAACGAUCGCAGCCACCUGGAACAGAUGGCGGUCAACUACAAGGUGAAGGUCGAGGAAAUCGAACAAUGGAUCAAGAGCGAGCUGAAGAAGUUCCAGUCCGAGGGCCUGCUCAAGGAGGUAGAGCAGGAACUGGCGCAGUGGCAGCAGAAGGAGCGGGAGCGCCUGCAGAGCAUUGUCCAGCACAACUCACUGACCCUGGAGCAGCUGGAGACCAAGAUCAAGGGCGAUCAGACUCACUUCUUUGAGUUGGCCAACACCUACAAGGUGCGUGUCGAAGACAUCCAGGAGUGGCUGAAGAAGGAGCUGUUGCGCCUGCAGAGCCAGGGUUUGGUCAAGGCAGAAGCCCUGAAGGACUGGCAGCAGGCUGAGCGUAACCAGAUCGCCCUGCUUGUCCAGAACAACAAGUACUCUCUAGAUGAGUUCGAGCGUAAGUUGCUGGCGGAUCGGGCUCGCUUGCAGGAUCUGUCCAGUACCUACAACGUCAAGGUUUCCGAAAUCGAGCAAUGGAUCAAGUCCGAGGGCGAUCGCCUCCAGCGAGAGGGCCAGUUGAACAUGGAAGCUCAGCUCGAAAACUGGCAGAAGAUCGAGCGCCAGCGAUUGCUGGACCUGAUCAACAAGAACGACUACUCCAUCGAGGAGAUUGAGGCCAAGAUCAGUAAGGACCAGACCCACCUGUACAGUCUUGCCCAGCAGCACCAGGUGCGCGUCGAGGAGAUCGAGCAAUGGAUAAAGCAGCAGAUCCAGAAACUCCAAGACCAGGGGCUCAUCGAAAUGCAGAAACUGAAGAACUGGCAGCUGGAGUGGCGUGGAAAUCUGACCAACAUGGUGCAGGACCGCGACUUCACCGUCGAGGAGUUCCACAAGUGGUUGCUUAAGGAUCGUGCCCAGCUCCAAAGCCUGGCCAUGCAGCACAAUGUCCAGAUCGAGGAAAUCGAGCAGUUCGUCAAGAAGGAGGAGCAGCGCUUCAUCGGCAUGGGUCUGUUGAAGCCCAGCGAAAAGCUGACCAACUGGCAGGAGGUGGAGCGUCUCCAUCUGAAGAACCUGGCCCAGCAGCAGUAUAAGUCUACCGAGCAGCUGGAGGCUCGUUUGCGCCAGGAUCGGGAGCUGUUGGAGCGCUUGGCCCGCCAGUACAGCGUCCAGGUGGAGGAGAUCGAGAGCUGGAUGAAGCAGGAGCUGGCCCGUAUGCGUGACGAAGGUCAGUUGCAGAUCGACAACCUCACCUCCUGGCAGUUGGCUGAGCGUGAGCGUCUGGAGGCUCUCAUUAAGCAGAACAAGCAGUGGAGCGCCGAAGAGCUGAGGGCGGAACUUGAAAAGGACCGCGAGCACAUGCAGACGAUGGCCUUCCAGUAUCACACCUCUGUUGAGGAGAUCGAGAAGUGGCUCCAAACGGAAAUCGAGAGGCUCAAGCAGCAGGGAAAACUGAACAUCGAGCAGUUGACGGCCUGGCAGCGCACCGAGCAGCAACGCAUCCUUUCGCUCCUCCAGCAACACUCCAACAUCACUCUAGAGCAGUUCGAGACUAAGGUUAACAACGACCAUCGUUUCCUGGUCAAGCUGGCCGAGCAGCACCAUGUCAGUGUUGUUGAGGUGGAGAACUAUGUCAAGCAGGUAUUGGAGGACCUUCGCAAAAAGGGACAAUUCGAGAUCGAGCAGCUGCAAACCUGGCAGGUGGUGGAGCGGGAUUACAUCAAGAGCCUGAUUGCCGAGUACAAGAAUGGCCUGUCCACCGAUGAGUACGAGCAGAAACUCCUGGCAGAUCGCGCCCAUCUGCAUCAACUGGCCGACCAGUACCGCCUUAACGUGGAACAGAUCGAGGAGUGGAUGAUCGCUGAACUGAAGCGUCUGCGCGGCAGCACAGAGGACUCUCUCAAGAGCCUCAGCGCCUGGCAAGUGUCAGAGCUGGAGCGUCUCCAGAGCUUGGUGAAGCAGCAGAAUCAUCUGACUUUUGUCGAGUUCGAGAUGGAGCUGAACCAGGAGCGUGAACGGCUGCAAAAACUGGCCAACCAGUACUCCGUCAACGUGGCCGAGAUCGAGGAGUGGCUGCGUCAGCAGCUCAUCAACCUGCGAACGACCGGCCAAGCCAAGGUCCAGAACUUGAGCAAGUGGCAGGUGGAGGAGCAACAGCGCCUUAUUGAGCUUCUUCUCAAGAAGCAGCAGGAACUGCCCUACGAGCAGGUUGAACGGGAACUCACCAAGGACCACGCCCGCCUGGAGAGUCUCUCCCAGACGCACCACGUUGGCAUCGACCAGGUGGAGCAGUGGCUGCGGGAGGAGGCGCGACGUCUCCAGAGCUCCGGACUCGUCCAAAUCGAACAGCAGACCCAGUGGCAGCAGCAGAUCAGCAGCGGCUUCAACAACUGGCUCCAGCAGCAGCGCGAUGGUGCCACCUAUCAGGAGUUCGUAGACUUCCUGAAGCGCGACAAGCAGAGGUUGGACGGCAUUGCCUCCGACUAUCAUGUGACUGUGGAGCAGGUGGAGAAGUGGGUUCAAAAGGAAGCAGCUCGGCUGACGGUUAUCGGAGUUAUCGAUCGCCCACAGGAUAAUGUUAAGUACGAGGAGAUUGUGAACAUUUGGGACGAGCAGCCUGCCACCUGGAAGAGCGAUCUUCUAGCCCGCCUUCGCACUGUCACCUCUACGCGUCCAUUCACUCGCCAGGAAUUCGAGAGCUACCUGGUCCGCAACAGGCCCAUCUUCGACCAGAUUGUCCGACAGUACCACGUCACCAUCGAGGACAUCCAUCUGUGGCUGAAUCAUGCCGCCAAAAACGAAGGCCUCGUUGUGUCCGAGUGGCAGACAAGAGAGAAACUCCACAUCGAGGAUCUCAUCAACCAGCUGAAGCGCAAGCAACAAAAGUGGACCAUCGACGAACUUACGAUCCGAUUGAACAACGACCAAAAACACAUCCAAGACGUGGUCCAGCAGUAUCAUAUCACCAUCGAAGAGCUGAAGGCGUGGUAUGGCGAGGAACUCAAACGGUUGCUGGACCAGCGCAGGAUCGAUCGGGGAUCCGGUAUUUCCUGGCAGACCCUUGAACUGGAGCGCGUUUACCUGGCGGCCAUCAGCAAUGCCGGCGUUGGGCGACAGGCCCUCGAAAGGAUCUUGAACCAAGACACUUACGUCCUGGCCCCGCAGUACCACAUCACCAUUGAGGAGCUGCGCGCCUUCGACCUGGAGGCACUGCGUCGCUUUUCCAAUAUGGGACUCAUCGUGGACAAUGCUCAGCAGGAGAACAACUGGGCCGAACAGGAACGACAGCGGUUGAACGGCGUGGCCACCAGUAUCAAGAUCACGGAGCAGGAGUUGCUCGAGUUCAUCUCUCAGGACACCGCCUUCCAGAAGCGCCUGGCUGAGCAGUACCACGUAGGUCUGGGCCAACUGGCUCCUGUGCAGAGAAUCGCCAUCAGCAACAUGGCUCGCAGCGCAUUGCUGGAGAAGCGUCGCCUCAACCAUCUGACCACAUGGCAGCAGAAGGAACGGGAUCGUCUCUACAAGUUCAUUGGCACCCAAAACAUGACCCAGGAGCAGUUGAAGAGCUGGCAGAGCCAGGACGCCAAAUUGCUGCAGGAGUUUGCUUCGAAGUAUGAAAUCUCGGUGCAGCAGCUCAAGGAGUGGCAGAAGAAGGAGCUGGAACGCAUCAAUCAAGUGGCCCGCUACUACGGAAUGACACAGAGCGACCUCCAGCAGUUCCGCGAGAGCGAGCUGCACCAUCUGAUCUUCGUGAAUCAUCGCCAGGUGGGUGUCACAGUUGAGGAGCAGAACUGGGAGGAGCGCCACCAGUGGAGCUUGGGACGCCUGCAGAAUCAUUACGGCAAGUUCGGCGAAGAGCUGGUAAUUUGGCGGCGAACCCUCUUCCUCUUGAGCCAGGGACUCAUUGACCUGCCCUCGGGUGGUGGAGCCAACGGAGGCUAUAUCGUGGAUCCUGGCAGCACCAAUGCCACCGCCGUCUACAAGCCGAUCUUCUCCAAGGAUCGUGGAGACCAGCCCCCGCACACUUACGAGGAGACCUUUGACGAAAACGAAGAGCCUGGUCUGGAGGGCGAAACCAGGUCCCCGCCACUGAGGCGUCCUUCUCCUUCUCCCAUCGUGUCCACACCUCCUCCGCUGCCCUACAACCGAGAGUCGCCAGUUGGCGGCUACGAGUAUCGUCGUCGCGACUACACCUUCAACGUGCCUGUAGGAACUGCCUCGGCGUCGGCAAGUGGUGGUCCAACCGGAUCGUCGGCCUCGGCUAGUGCUACGUUGGGUGGUAAAUGGAGCCGGGCAGCUGGCGAGGAGCCCCAGGUAGAGGAUCUUGGACAGCAACAGCAGGUGGAAACUGGUUGGAACAGCAACUUAGAGGACCUUGGUCAGCAGCAGCAGCAGGAGGAGGAAUUGGACUGGACGCAGCUGCAGUCCCAAAACCAGGAGGACUUGGGACAACAGCAGGUUCAGAUCGAGGAUCUGAGUGACCAGAACUUUGGCCAGCCGAAGAGCCAAGCCAACAGGAGCGGCCAGCUCCAACAGCAACCUCAGGUGGAGGUGGUGGCCAAGGAAGAGCCGUCUUUGUGGGAGAAGUUCAAGGGAAAAAUUGGAUAAGCCAUUCGAGGAAACUGCCAUUUAACAACUGCCCUAAUUCAGAUGUUCACUUGUGUCGUUAAAUUUCUUUAACACAUUUAAAAAGCUAAAAAACAAGCCAAACUGACAAUGAAUCCUAAUAACUUUUGCAAUAUUUUUUUAACAUUUAAUCAUAAGUUAAUAAAAAUAAAUGUGGUUAAAAAACAAUAAUUGAAUUUUUGAUUUUUGAACUAUCUAUGUUAGAUUCUAGAACCUACUAGAAUAUUUUUUAAAACAAUUUAAUUUGUAUUAUAUUUGUAUUUAUAUUUUAUUGCCUUUUAUGAAGACGACUAUAAAUUAUAUUUUUGUUUUGAAUAUUUUACAAC